AUGAAGAGCUCCUGGGUGCUGUGCGCAGCCUUGGCCAUCUCCUUGGGGUUUGUCCUUGUGGCAGGUUAUCGACAGGACUCUGAGGACGAGGAGUAUGUGCUGGUCAAUAACAAGUGCCAGUGUGUAACAGUGACCUCAAAGUUUGUCCCCUCCAAAGAAAAUCCUGAUGAAAAAAUCCUGGAGAGAAACAUACGCAUCAUAGUCCCCCUGAAGGCUCGAGAGAACAUCUCUGACCCCACGUCCCCACUCAGAACCACUUUUGUCUACCGCAUGGCUGAACUCUGCAAAAAAUGUGAUCCUGUAGAAAUUGAGCUGGGUGGUGAGAUAUACCAAGCCCAGCAGAGCAACUCCUGCAAUGAACCUGAAACCUGCUAUACUUACAACAGGGACAAGUGCUACACCACAACCUUCCCAUUCCUCUACCAGGGGGAGACAAAAAAGGUUCAAGCAGUUCUGACCCCGGCAUCCUGCUACGCUGAUUAG